UCGCAAAAGAAAAAACAUGAAUUUGAAGAAUUAAACAUGAAGAUGAAGCUAGAUAAUAAUACACCUAUGCAAAGUAAAGUAUCCAUGAUCCAUGAUUUAAGCUACAUACCAUAUUGUGUGCCUUCCCACCACCACUUUCACAAAAAUCAGGCGCCGACACCAGCAAGCAAGCAAGCAAACAAGCAAAGAGAAGAAGGUGGAAAAACUAAACCUAGCGAAACCGAGUGGCAUCAAAAAAUUCAAAAAAUUCAAAACAGGAACAAAAGUGAAAACUCUCAUACGGUAUCAUCUCGCAAACAUACGCUACGCUAA